AUGCGCAACGCCCUGCAAGCAAAGAACAGAUAUGCUUUCGUCGAUGGUUCAUUGCCAAGACUAGAGGAUUCCGAGAAGGAACAGGCUUGGGUGAAGUGUAAUUCCAUGGUGAUCUCUUGGAUCUUCAAUUCUUUGGCAAGAGAUCUCCAUGAAAGUGUUGUUCAUAUCGAAACUGUGCAAGAAAUUUGGAAGGAUAUUGAAGAUCGCUUCUCUCAAAGCAAUGCACCGCGCAUACAUCAAUUGAAACGGGACAUUGCUCUAUUACAGCAAGGUGGACAAUCAGUUACAACCUACUUCAUAAAGCUGAAGGGGCUCUGGGAUGAACUCGUAAUUUUGUCAUUAAUACCUAUGUGCAUAUGUGGUGUUGCGAAGGAAUUUGCUGUUGAAUAUGUGAACGAGAGCGACUUCAUCAGUUCCUCAUGGGACUGA